AUGUCGGAGGAUCAGUCAGUUCUGUCAGAUGAUGGGCGAAAUGUCCAUUUUUUCGACGGUUUGACGGGUGACAUGCUAGGUGGGCUGUUUCAAAAUGGAUCAGUUACCCAAGCCAACUUUAUCGACAUGCUCAACAUCGUCGUGGUCAUUGUACCACGCCCGCUUCUUGGACCGCCCCCACCUAUUGUGCCGGGCCCACUUACCGUCAACGCGAGGUCCGGGCAAACUCUAUCACAAACCAGCCAACCCCUAACGCCUGGAGAUUACGAUAUCUAUGCCCCUGAUGGCUACUCCAUCGAACUUAGUAAUGAGCCAUUCGUCCGUCGACUCCCUUCCUACAGUGUUAGUGGCCGCGAGGCGGAUUUCAAGAGGAGCGUGCGGGCUAGGGAUGGAAAGUGUGUCUUCACUGGGAUCGUUAACCGUCGCGCUCGUCUGGAUAAAUGGGCAGGCUGGGAGGCGGCCCAUAUAUUCCCUCUCGAGAAGGAAAGCUUUUGGGUUGAAAACAAUUUCGGCCGAUGGAUCACCAAUGCAGACUCGGGAAACCAUCCUGCACCCAUCCACUCUAUUCAAAAUGGGUUUCUCCUUCAGUCACACCUGCAUCAGUUAUUUGACGACUACUCGAUUUCGGUGAAUCCAGAUGAGGACUACAAGAUUACUUCUUUUAUUCCCGACGAUGUGGGAGUGGAUGGAAGAACCCUUGACCCUGUGUGUCGAAACCCCGACGACCCGAACCGUGUCUCAGACCACCUCCUUCGCUGGCACUUCAGACAGAGUGUUCUCGGAAAGAUGAGGGGUGCUGGAGAGCCUUCUUUUGAACAUGAUUUCCCACCGCGAUCUGAUACCUUGAAGGAAAUCCUGGAGGGGCCUUUUCCGGUUGAACGAUUUGAAAUGGAACUUUCGUCUAGACUGCGGGGGUGGGAAAAACCUCAGGACUUCGUUCAGUGA